UGAGGUGGUGAAUGUCGUUUUGCCUCCACUCCUCAUAUCUGAUACCACUUUCUCCUACAGUCCGGCAUGGCAGAAAACAUGAAGAAGAUCCAGGAGGCACGGGAUGAGGUCACAUCCCUCUCUGAGAAUAUCACUGAGGAGAUUGACAGGAUAAAGGAAGCACAGAACCACACAGCACAGAAGAUUAAGGAGUUGGCUGCCUCAAUUAAGAAGCUGGAGGAAGACCUUAAAAAGCUGAGGCAGGAUGCAGCGAAGUGGAAAGAAGAGAGCAGCAAUGAGAUCUCUCAGCAACUCGAGGCUUUGCUGGAGGAGACAAAGCGUGAGCUGCAGAAGAUGGGAGAGCAGCAGGAGAUGAGGAAGGCCAUGCUGGAGCAGCUGGUGACUGAGACAACCAACAAGCUGGCUGAGAUAGGGGAGAUAGUGAAGAGUGUGCAGGAGGAGAAGGAGAAGGCAAAGGCAGAGUGCUCCAACUGCACCUUUGACAUCAAUGAGCAUUUGGGGGAGCUCCUCCGGCGCUGUGAGAACCUCCAGGAGCAGGUGGAAUCCCUGGAGUCCCGGCAGAUGGCUGUGGGCAAGCUUGAAAAGAUGAUGAGGAAUUGGGGCCAGAACACACAGCAGAUGCAGCCCGAGGAUGCAACAGCUGUACAGAUGCAAAGGGACUAUGAGAAGCUCAGCUUCAUAUCUGGGACCCUCCAGAAGGACUCUGAACAAAAGCAGAAAGAAAUCAAAAUGCUGUUCCAGUCUCUGGAGAAGCUGCAGAAGGAGAAGGCAGAUCAGCAGGACAUGCUGGCAGCAAUGCACAUGAAGGCGGACAAAGCUGCCUUGGGCAGCAAAGUCAAUUGCAGCCAGUUUGAUGUCACUAUGGAGCGUCUGGAUGAGAGGAUGCAGGAGUUGCAGAGCCAGAUUUCAGGCCAGGAGCAGCACUGGAACAAUACGCAGCAGCAGCUCAGUGAUGCAAUGGAAGAGAAGCUGGAUCGCCUGGAGUUGAAGACUUUCCGUAAUCAGAUGGAGGAGACCUGGAAGAGAAGUAUUGAGGAGCUCAGGAAUGAGAUGAAGCAGGGUGACAGUGGUGCUGGGAUUAAGAAGUGA